AUGGACUCCGUACCGCAGCUAAGGGCUUCAAAGCUGAAUGUCAUGUCUUGCAGCGCUAUGUUGAGUCACAAGUCCAUUGCUCUCGAGUUAAUACAUCUACUCCCCAGAACUGCUCUGUCACUGAAUAGCGUCUAUCUAUUUGGCCGUCGCUUGGCGCAGGUAAUCAACACGUACUUGCUUGUGGGUCAGGUCUAUGGAACGGCCACGGAAGCCGACUCUAACUUCGAAUACAAUAUCACGGCGCCUGUUGAAGUUGGUAACUUUGUUGAAGUCUACACGGUAGAUUGGACGUGGAUGGCCUUGUUCGUUGUGUCUUGCGUCAUACUCCUAGCAAGUGGUAUUGCAAGUAUAGUCUUCGCUUACUUGGCUAUCGGGCCGGAGAUCCUCGGCUAUGCUUCCUCUAUUGUUCGAGAUUCCAAGUAUGUUAAUCUUCCCGCCGAAGCUGGCAAGAAAGAGGCAUUUAAAGUGGUCAAGAUUAUGGGACAGAAAAGACUGAAGUAUAACUAUAUAGAUUCAGUUGCGGAGGACAGUCAACCUCUAGUGGGCGUGGGAUUGAAAAACGAAACAAAUUCGAUUAAAAUAUUGACCUACAACUCAGGAUCUACCAAGACAACGAAGUAG